GGCAUCAACUAGAUUUAAGCCUCAAAAUUCUGAAAGAAAUUUCAAUUUUCUCUCUCUCUUUGUCGGUGUACGCAGAUCUUAUGCACUCAACGAUCUUGGCACCUGCUUUCUGUUGUUGUUCUUCUGGUUUGGCUUUGUGGGGUGUAACAAAUUGUGGUUUUCUGGUUGAGGGUAGCUGAAAGGUGGAUUUUUGUGUGGAAAUGAGAGUGCUUUUACUGGUGGGGUGGAGUGUAUGUUAGAGGGUGGUUUUGGAAAGGGAAGGUGCAUGUGGGAUCUCAAUUGGGUUCUAUGUUUGGUGAAGAAGGGUUUGGGGGAAGGGAGAAUAAGCUGGUAUUGUUGUGGGUUUGUGAUAAUGAGCAGGGGUAGGUGGGGCAAAUGUGGGUGAGGAAAAGGGUGUGAGGGAUUUGUUUUCUGAGGGAGGUAAAUUUGAGACCUGGUUUUGUUCAGUUUGGGCUUGAUCUUCACUCUAUAGGUAUGUUUUGGAGAAUUUUUGGGUGUCAGGGGAAAAUGCAGCAAGGUCACCGGAAAAAGCUACAGAUAUGGACUUUUUCUCUGAAUAUGGUGAUGCCAACCAGUACAAGAUUCAAGAAGUCAUUGGGAAGGGUAGUUAUGGUGUUGUCUGUUCAGCCAUUGACACUCGCACUGGAGAAAAUGUGGCAAUUAAGAAGAUUCAUGACAUCUUCGAGCAUAUAUCGGAUGCUGCUCGAAUUCUCCGCGAGAUAAAACUGCUCAGACUUCUUCGACAUCCUGAUAUUGUAGAAAUAAAACACAUUAUGCUGCCUCCAUCAUGGAAGGACUUCAAAGAUAUUUAUGUUGUUUUUGAGCUUAUGGAGUCUGAUCUUCAUCACGUCAUCAAAGCCAAUGAUAACUUGACAAAAGAACACUAUCAAUUUUUCCUUUAUCAAUUACUUCGAGCACUGAAGUACAUUCAUAGUGCAAACGUCUAUCAUCGAGAUUUGAAGCCAAAGAAUAUACUGGCAAAUGCAAACUGUAAGCUUAAAAUCUGUGAUUUUGGGUUAGCUAGAGUUGCCUUCAGUGACACACCAACAACUAUAUUUUGGACGGAUUAUGUUGCUACAAGGUGGUAUAGAGCUCCAGAGCUAUGUGGAUCAUUUUACUCAAAGUAUACACCAGCAAUUGAUAUAUGGAGUAUAGGUUGUAUCUUUGCUGAAGUACUAAUGGGAAAGCCACUUUUUCCUGGAAAAAAUGUAGUCCACCAAUUGGACCUGAUGACAGAUCUGCUUGGGACACCUUCACUUGAUACUAUAUCACGGGUACGCAAUGAGAAAGCGAGGAGAUACCUAACUAGCAUGAGGAAAAAGCAGCCUGUGCCGUUUGCUCAAAAGUUUCCCAAUGCAGACCCUUUAGCACUGCGUCUACUGGAAAGGUUGUUGGCUUUUGAUCCAAAAGAUCGGCCUACAGCCGAAGAGGCAUUGGCUGAUCCUUACUUCAAGGGCCUGGCAAAAGUUGAGAAGGAGCCAUCUUGCCAACUUAUCACAAAAAUGGAGUUUGAAUUUGAAAGACGAAGAGUCACAAAGGACGAAAUUCGAGAACUGAUUUUCCGCGAGAUUCUAGAGUAUCAUCCUCAGCUAUUGAAAGACUACAUGAAUGGAAAUGAGAGAACCAAUUUUCUUUAUCCAAGUGCUGUUGAUCAAUUCAGAAAGCAGUUUGCUCAUCUGGAGGAAAAUGGUAAAACUGGUCAUGUUAUGCCACUUGAAAGAAAGCAUGUUUCUCUUCCAAGGUCAACCAUUGUACAUUCAAAUUCUAAUGCAAUGCAUCCAAAAGAUCAAACAAACAUUGCUGCCUGCAAAAACCGAGCAACUGCUGAGGAAUGCAACAGGAAUUCCAGAGAUACAAAAAUUCUAGUGCCAAGGUCAAUGCAGGGACCACCAAGAAUCCCACUAGCAAAACCUGUUAAAGUUGUGGGGCCAGUUGUUCCACACGAGUACGAUAACAUUGUGAAGGAUUCUUAUGAUCCUAGGUCGUUUAUCAGAGGUUCUGUGCUUCCUACCCAACCUGUUCCCCCAGCAUACUAUUAUCAUCAGAGAUCCAGCACUGGAACUGCAACAGAAGCUGACAAGAGUGUGCCUCUGCAAGCAAAACAACAUGAUCAAGAACAAUUUGGAGUUAAUGCCAAGAGGGCACCAGAAAUAGCUAUUAAUAUUGAUACAAAUCCAUUUUUUAUGACAAGGGCAGGGGUUAACAAGUUAGAACAAGGUGAUCAAUUAGUCAUAGAGACAAACUUGUUGCAGCCAAAGACAUAUGGUGGAAGCAGUGCUGCAGCUGGGGCCACUGCUCAUAGAAAAAUGGGCCCUGUUCAGUAUGGUAUGACAAGAAUGUUCUAGCAGAAGGGUGUUUUUCUUGUGAAUAAUUUGACUAAGGGGCAAAAUUUCCAGAGAAAAAAAAAAUGACAUUUUUAGGAUUAGAACUGUUUUCUUGGUGAUGCUUUGUAUAAAUUUUGGUUAGAACUGUCAAGAGACUUUUGAUGAUGAAAGUUAGUCCUAUAUUAUAAAUGAAUCCAUAUAACCUCAUUUAGGUGUUUGCAUUGAAGACGCAUCCUUCAAAUAAA